GAGGGGUGGAAAAGUGACGGUGUUCGGAAGAAUGGCAGAAUGAAAAAUUGUAAAUUGUUUUAAUUGUUUCUGAUCCCUAAAUUCCAGGACAUUUUUGUCAAGCAUCGGCUAGCACAAUAAGACUCUAAACCUUUGACAGGUUUGAGAUAACAAAUAGUACGAAAAUAAACAGUUUCCAGUUUGACAACAGGUGUACAAUAACCUCUUCUCCUGCUCUUCCCUCCGUAUAUUUCAUUAUCUUGUUAUCAGUUAUCGAGACGUUCGAGAAGUCAGUUCAUCGCACGGUCUCGCGGAACGUACAUUAAGAACAGUGCAGGAAUAUCACUAGCAUCCACAUCCUCCAGAUGGAAGACGGAACUGUAAUGAUACAUGGAGGAGAGCUGCCGGACGUCACUGUAUUGCCAUGGAAUUUAACAGUUAACAUGACGGAAACUACAAGGCCUGUUUGGGAAGUAGUACUGGACAAUGUGGCCACCGUGAUCAUGACUGUUAACACCAUCACUCUCAUGCUUGGUAUGGGUUCUGCCAUCUAUUGGAGAGAG